UACCAGAUGCAACACACAUACAAAUGCACCCACAGUUGUAAUCCGAUUACAUAAUUAAAAUGAUCCUGAAAUGGGUCAUUGUGCACAAUAAGUAUUUUUUUGGAGUAUGUUUUGAUGCCAGUUUGUGUACUUCUAGUCCGUGGAGUUCCUAUUUGGACUUGAGUAAAGAUAUCAGUGCUUCCUUCACGACUAAUUUAUCUAAUACGUGCAAAAUGUGCAACGUAAUCAGUCACUGUAAAAAAAAUUAAAGUGCCACAUUUUCCUUUGAAAUGUGGAUUAAAUGGAAGCACUUCAGUACCUCAGAAUCACACUUGGAGUCAAUGUGCUGAGGCCACUCCUGCUGCUGCUUAAUGUCACUCCUGCUCUUAUGUAAUUGAACAACGCUGACAGUCAACUGAAAUAAUCAUGAGUCCAGCGUGAAUCGUGAACAUAAUGAGCCAGCUUUGCGUCGCGGCUGACGGGGUUCGUUCCCUCCCAAGACGAGCAGGCGAGCGGCAGGUGUCAGCAGAACACGCCCUGAGCUCCGAGCAGGUAUCCAGACGCUGUUUGCAGCUCGCCGCCGCCGCCGCCGAAGCUGCACCUCGGUCGGUCUGAGAGUCUCGCUGUGAGCUCCAGUAUUACGGCUCAAGUCCUCUUGGUGACGCUCUGCUGACAUCACUGUGAUAUUCCCCCGCUCCGCUCUCCGCAGCACACACUCGCAGCUCCGCCGGCUCUCUCUCCACACUGUCCGUCCAACACUUUCUUCCCCAUUUUCGCUCCGCUCGCCGUGGCCAGGACGCACCAUCACGCAGCAGCAGCACCAGCCGCGGGCUACCUGUGCGCACUGCGGCCGCUCCACGCUGGGAGGGGUUUCACUCUUCCUGUCAUUAACAGAUUUAAAGGAAGAGAAACUAAACGCGGUUUCCACGUUGGAGACGAGGGGGACACGCAGAGAGAGAAACAAGCUGCAACUUGGCUGAUUUUAAGCCCAGGCGGUCUGAACUGAGCUCGAAGUUUCUUUGGCUGAUCGGAGAAGGAAUAAUUUGGAGCCCGGCUGCAGCACACCGCGCUGUUGUGGAUAUUUACGUCCACCUUGUCUCCUGUUUAGAAGAAUGGCGAGAGAUUACGCAGCGCGCUGCCCGGUCUCUCCGGUGAGGAACACUUGGCUGGUGGCGGCAGCGACCCUCCUCUUUGCUCAAGGUGUCGGGGCUCAGAAAGUGCGAGUCGAGGAGGAGCUGGAGGCGUAUCCCACAGAGUCUGUUGAUCUGCGCUGCCAGUUCAUCGAUGGAGGAGGCCUCACCAAGCUCACACAGGUAUCUUGGAUAUGGGAACCCGUCGAUGGCCAAAGGGACAACAUAGCUGUGUACCAUCCAGUCUACGGACAGAGUUUCCCCAACUUGUCCUUCAAGGAUCGAGUUGUUUUCCUCCACAACAGCCUGGAGAACCCGUCCAUCAGGAUCUCUAACCUGCGGAUGUCCGACGCCGGCCGCUACACCUGCGAGUAUGCCACCUACCCGUCUGGAAACGAACAAGGCACAACCACCCUGGUCAUGCUUGCCAAACCCAAGAACUCGGCCAACGUUGUGACCGUCCAGGCUGGCACCAAAUCCACGGUGGUGGCCCGGUGCGAGGCGGCCGACGGCAAACCGGCGGCGACCAUCAAGUGGCUGGCGUCGGCCGGAGGCAAUCACUCGACCAGCACCACCAACGGGCCAGAUGGCACGGUGACGGUACGCAGCGAGUAUCGGCUGGUGCCCACGCCGGCGGAUAACGGCAGGGAGGUGACCUGCAUGGUGGAGCAGAGAAUACAGGAGCGGCCGUGGGUUUAUCCCGUCAAGCUGUCCGUGGAGUACCCUCCCUCGGUGUCCAUAGAGGGCUACGACAACAACUGGUACGUCGGCCGCUCCGACGCCGAGCUGCUCUGCCUCGUCAACGCCAACCCGGCGCCGACCACCAUCACCUGGACCGCGCACCCUCACCGAGGGAUUACACUGAGAAGAACAUUACUACACACUUGUAAGAGGAUUGUAGCACACGUAGAAGAACUGCUAUCACUACAGCACACUCACAAUGCCAGAAGAACUGUGAAUACCUCCUCCAAAACAGCCACCAAUUCCUUUUUCUCUUCCUCCACCCAUGUCUCCAUCCCUCCUUCCAACCCCUCCAUCCCCUCUGCAGAAGCCUUGGAGGACCCGUCCAGCGCCGGCGUGGUGGCGGGCGCCGUCAUCGGCUCCCUCCUGGCCCUGCUGCUGGUGGUGGCGCUUGUCGCCGUCCUCCUGACCCGCAGCCGCCGGCAGCAGAGGCGCGGCUACCCCAGCAGCGGGGACUCCAUAGCGACGGGCAGCGGCGGCAGCAACGGCGGCGACUACGGCAACAAAGCCCGCCUGCUCUUCGGCAGCUCCGGGAACAACGGCAGCAGCAAGAACGGCACCGGCGCCAACAACAACGGGCCCAUCUACACGUACCGGGAGGGCUGCGACGCCACCGGGACGCUCACGGAAAAGGCCAACGACUACCACCAUCACCACCUCCACCACGCCUCCACCGGCAACCCCCCGACCGCUCACGACAUCCUGCUGAGCGGCGAGUUGGACGCCGAGCGGAGGAAGUUCGAGCUGGACGACAGCAUGGAGGAGGAAGAGGAGCGGUACGACAGAUUCGGAGGGGGAGGCGGGAACAUGCUGCCUCCGGCCUAUCACGUCCACAGAGGCCACGGCGGCGAAGAAGAAAUGGACGUGUACCUGGACGACGACAUGGAGUCGCAGAGGGACGGCUCGGUGAUUUCCCGGACUGCCAUUUAUGUCUGAGGGGAAGAAAGGAAAAGGCUGAAAGUAGGGGAAGCAGAUAAAUCGACAUCACCUCCAUCGGCUAAACACCUACCUGCUUAACAUUCAACCUGAUUAAAGAGUUGCCAUCAGUUAUAUCCUCUCCGCUCGACAGCGACUGUAUAAUUCCAUAAGAGGAGGAUUAAAAGAAAGCCGGAAAGAAGUUGUGAAGGAAAAAAAUCCGUGGUGGCAACGGUGCAGCGUGGCUGAAUGUGUCUGUAUUUAACUGUAUCACGGAGACAGAUUUGAUUCAGUGUCAGUCAAAUAUAAGGAAAAAAAAAAA